GGGGGGCCGGACGGCCGCUCCUGCGCGUGCGUUGCCCCUGCCGCUGGGCUCACGCCGCCUCCGGCCUGUUUGCGGACGGCUUCCAAUCUGUGCUGCUGCGCUGGGCCUGGUCUCCCGCGGUUCUCCCGGCUGCCCUCCCGCUCGGCCCCGCGAAGCCGAUGGACCUCAGCAAGUGGUCCGGGCCCUUGAGCCUGCAGGAAGUGGACGAGCAGCCGCAGCACCCGCUGCAGGUCAAAUACUCUGGCGUGGAGGUCAACGAACUGGGCAAAGUGCUGACGCCCACCCAGGUUAAGGACCGGCCCACCAGUAUUGCAUGGGAUGGUCUUGAUCCAGGUAAACUCUACACCUUGGUCUUGACAGAUCCGGAUGCUCCCAGCAGGAAAGACCCCAAAUAUAGGGAAUGGCAUCAUUUUCUGGUGGUCAAUAUGAAGGGCAAUGACAUCAGCAGUGGCACGGUCCUUUCUGAUUACGUGGGCUCUGGACCUCCCAAGGGCACAGGCCUUCACCGCUACGUCUGGCUGGUUUACGAGCAGGACAAGCCGCUCAAGUGUGAUGAGCCCAUUCUCAGCAACCGAUCGGGAGACCACCGUGGCAAAUUCAAGGUGGCAGCUUUCCGCAAGAAGUACGGGCUCGGGUCCCCGGUGGCCGGCUCGUGUUACCAGGCGGAGUGGGAUGACUAUGUGCCCAAACUCUAUGAGCAGCUGUCUGGGAAGUAGAGGAAAGCCAGGAGACAGAAAUGGCCCCGGAGGCCCCAGCAGUUUUCUCAAGUUCAGUGAUGCAUGUAGAUUCUCCUCUACCCAGUUCCCGUUCUCAGGUGAGACCUGAGCAGGUAGUGGUUUAGGGUGACUUUUCCUUCUGCCUCUCCCUUAAAAUUGUACAGGGUUACACACCCUGGUUUAUGUUUUGGUCAAGUAUGAACUCCAUUUUGGGGGAUAUUAUGGUACUAUGAUGGGGUCAUCAGAUUGUUAAUAUAAGAUUAGUAACCCAGAAUUUAAAGAAAAAUUUGUAGGUAAGAAGAACAGGUCUACAGUAAUAGAGCAGAGCAUCGAAAAAUCUUUAAGGGGCUAAAAAAGAAAGAUCUAUUGCUUCUUGUCUUUGUGAGCCCGAGUCCAGAAUGGCGCAUGGUGGCACCUUCUGAGAUGUGUUUUCCUGGUCCUGUCUCUCGGCGGACAGCCGGAGAUGGGCAUACCCGCGAGCCCCCAAUAUGGGACGUCCCGGAUUAGUUACUAGGUGUCAGUAUCCUACUUUGGGGCCUUUAAAGAGCAGUACUGGAAAAAGCAGUGGGGACAUUCGCUUUCCUGUUUGAGGCACUGCUGUCUAGACGCGCUGCAGGGUGGGGUGUGGUAAUCAGAAAUCCGUCAGCCUGUGCUUGUUAUAUUGAUCAUUUUUCACUGGUGUAAGAAAAGCUGUUCUGGAGUUGCUAAAUGUGUUAAUUCUGCUAUUUGCUUAGAGUUGACUAAAAAUAAAAACUCUGCGUGGACAAACUGGG